AUGGCGGACAACGGUGACGGUGACGACAAUGAAGGCGGCGCUGCUGAGGCAUCUGGUCCUGUUGAACCAUCUGGUCCCCUUGAAUUAUUCAGUCCUCUGCCAGCUGACGCUCUUCACAUGUCCAACGAGAGUCGGAGGUUCAACUCGGCUAUUGUCACCCUCCUCGUCGGACCGUCUCGACUUGAGCUGAAGGCUCACAAAGACGCGCUGUUGACAUGCAAGUACUUUGCCAUUUGUCUCCAGCAAGAUGGGUUCCGGGAGGGCGUCACGAACGAGAUCCACCUGCCGGACGAACAGCCCGACAACAUGGCUAAGAUCCUGCAGUGGGUGUAUUCGCCAGAGCCGGUGCGCAGCUACAAUCGGGUCUUCCAGGAGAACUGGAGGCAAUGCCGGGGCCUGCAGGAAAAGGAGGACCUGCUCGAAGGGCUCAUUGCUGAUUUCAUAUUGGCCCACAAAUACCUCCUGGACGAGAUGACCGAUGCCGUCGUUGACGUUGUCAGGCGACAACAGUAUCCUGACACGGAAUGGGUCAAGUGGAAGCAUCUAGGCCGGUUGAAGUCAUCGGGCCACCAGUGUUCAAGCCUCUGGGAGGGUCUGAUGUUGCAGUUGGCAGAAUUGAUUAUCAAGGAGGAAUGUGAUUUGAACGAUUUGCUGGAUGACGGCUUGGAGGAGGAUACUGACGCCCUUCGGAAUCUGAUGCGGUAUAUGGCCGGGUUCAUGUUUGGAGGUUGA